AUGGAAAGCACUCUUCGGUGGCGCGGUUCCCAACGACUGCCGUACUGCUGGCGUUCGCUUGUGUCUGCUCGUUCUCGACAGCGGCACUCAAGCACGGAUGGGAGGCGGUGGCCCGCCAACGACGGGGUGGUUAUCACGUACAUCAACGGAAUAUUCCAUUCCGUGCCUGAGUGGGAGAGCAUCACGCAACAGCUGCAGGCUCUCUUCGGCCACGAGGUGCGGUCGUUCUACAACCCUUCAUCCGGUUGGUGGAUCACAGAUGCCUCCAAGGCUGGCUACCACAUGCUCAGAAAGCCUGCCAACCACACCAUCGCACAGGCAUUGGGAGAUCACCUCGCCCAAGCGGUGGAGGACGUGGGGAGGGGGCGUGUCCUGCACAUCGCGCACAGCGGCGGUGCUCUCAUCACCUACCUAGCGGCGCAGCACCACCUCACUCGGAGGCAGCGGGACAAGAUUGACGUGGUGACGUUCGGCGGUGCUCGAAGCAUCACAAGGAAGUACUUCAGCGGGCGUGUGGGCGAGGCUGCUUCUCUUCUGUUUUUGACGUUGAUUCUUGGCUGCUCCCUAACCCCGGUGCUUCUCUUUCUGCUGCUCACGCACCGCCGUUUGUUGGUGCUGUUUCCAGUGAACUACUAUGCAAGGAACGACCCGCUGGUGAAGCUGGAUAGACGAGCGGCGGAGCUCAUGAAACUCACCAACAACACCAAGUUUCAGGAGAUCAACGAGAAACACAACACGACCUUCGUCUUUCUGGAGGGUCGCGCGAGGCAGUUCGUGCUCGACCACUCUUUGGAGGGACCCACCUACCAGCAUGCGCUGAUGAAGGAAGCCAAAGGCAAGAAGAGAGAGGAUCUUGGCGUACAGCGGACGGUUUGUUGGGGUGAGUGGGCGCACUUCGGCCCGUUGUCCCCGCUGUCGUGGGACUACGAUCAGUCCAUUCUCCGGCUGGUCCGCAAGAAGGUGGCGCAGCUGUCCGGAUUGCACGACUUCUUCAGCACGGAGCGCUUCGGCCUGCGCUCCAUCCGCAAGAGCGUCGCCCGCCUCACGGGUCUCCACGGAUUUUUCAGCGGCAAGAAUCCCGGCUCCAAGGGAGUGGCGGUCUCUGUGUUUGGAAGCGGGAAAGGGACGGCGGCAGCCGAUGCUGACGGCAGCGGGGUUUCGACAGGGGUCACCAGUUGGUGGAAGCCUUGGGGACGAAGAAGCGACGAUGGAAACGAUGUCGAAGUCGUAGCGGUACCAGACGUUGCUGCUGCUGCUGGCGCGGAGGGUGGUGCUCCUGGCGCAGGCGCUGGUGAGAGGUUCUGGCUUGGGUUCCGGUGGUCUCGGCGGGGAAGGAAGGGGCAAAGCGGCGACGAAGCAGAAGCAGGGGCUGUACCCACGGGGAGCGUCGUCGUCGACCUUGACGAGCGGUCGCAGAUUUCGAUGGACACGGAGAACAGCCAAGCCCAGGAGCCACGGUCGACGAGCCGCUGGGCCCGUGUGCGAGGUGCUUGGAUGUUCGGCCGGGCAAAGGAGUCAAAUGUCGCGGGGGAGCUAGUGGCGUCAGAGGACGGUGGGCUUGGUGACAGCAGUGACGAGGCGGAGGAGGAUAAGGAGGCUAGUGGUGAGGGUCGCCUUGAUUCCUCAACGCUAGCGGAGAGCAGCGACAGACCGUGGCUUUCGGUGGGGUGGACGCCGUGGGGAGGGAGGACGACGAGGCCACCGCCUGGAGAGGCAGGCGAUGCACCGGCAUCCGCACCGGCGUCUACGCCCGAGUCGCGGGUUGAGGAGGCCACGCUGUCUGCCGAGCACGGGGGGGCUGCUGCUGGCGAGGGAGAGGCGGCGGCCACGUCGGCGGCUGCUACAAGCGGUGCCGCUGGUGUAGCCCCUGCUGUCGGGGACGAGGCGGGCGGUUCUGUCGAUGGCGCACGGGUUGUGGAGGCGGGCUCCGCGGAUGUGUCAGCGGACGAGCACGAGAAGGCGCCACCUCCCCGCGACGACUCGUCGUACCUCCGGCGAUGGUGGCCUAGCAGCACCAGCAGCGGCAGCAGCGGCAGCGGCAGCGGCGGCAUCAGUAACACAAUCGGGGUACCGGGGGAGGCGGACGGAGGUGGUGGCGAAGGUGGGGGCAAGUCCGUUGUCGCAGGUUCUGGCGAGGUGGCGAACGAGGAGAAGGCGAUCGUCGCGACAAACCCCCGCGACGGCAGCGAUGAGAACCAGGAGGCGACGGAGCGCGAGGCCGCUGAACGCGGCGUCGAGCCUUCCCCAGGGACCAGGGGAGAGCAGGCAGAGCGACCGGAGGGACCCGUCGCGGUCGAACAAGACCAAGAGGCAUCGCUGUCGCUGCUGAGGAGGUGGUGGCCAGUGUCGAAGCAAGAACCCACGUCCCCGGACGAGGCGCGCUUCAAGGAAGACGGCGUCGAUGACGUCACCGAGGCCGCGAACGUUACCCGGGCAGAGGUUGGUCCGGAGGUGGGCGUUCCCUCCGCGGGGCUGGCCCACGCGUCAGCCGACGGGGGCGCGAGCGGGCCCCAGAAGUUGCCGGCAGAGCAACUGCCCGAGCUAUGGCGAGCGCAGCCGGGGAGGGAACAGGGAGUGGAAGAGGAGCAUCAGCAGCGGCAGCAGCAGGGGGAAGGGUUUUCUGCUCCAGCGACAAGGCCGCCACUGAUGUCGCGUUUCUGGGACGUGUUUUUUAACCGUCCGUUGGAGUUGCCGCUGCCGACGACGCAAGAAGAAUCCCUGAAUAUUGAUGUGUCUGCCGAUGGUGACGGCAGCGAUGCGCUUGCCACGGCGCGAGAUGGUGAAGGUAACGACGUGGCAGCCGCAGAGAGCGAGGAGGGAGGAGCGGCGGGCGCGGAGGGAGUGGAAAGGGAUGGCGACCAAGGGGAGUUAAGACACGAAGGGGUUAUGGUGGCGGAUGCCUUGCGACCUGCUGACGGUGAUAUCCCGCCACCGGCACCACGAUUAGACGACUCGGCACAGACACCUCCAUCUGUGGAGGAGGGCGCGGGGGAUAAGAUUACCCCGGAGGAUGACGAGGGGCAGGUGGGGGUGAAAGAGGAGGAGGAGGAGGAUAGAAGAGAGGACGAACAACGUGCAGGGAAGGAAGGGAACGAGGAUGGAAGUCGGGGUAGCGAGGAGCAAGACGAAAGGCCGUCCGAAGGGCGCGAGAGUGAUGACGAGUCGGGAGGCGAAGUGGUGGACAAAGAGGUCCAGCCCGUCGGUAAAAAAAACGAGGUGGGGGUAAUCCGUACGCCCGCGAAGAAUGAGCGAUAGACACUGGGGGAGGGAGUGACAGACGGUGAUACCGGUAGCAAUGAGGGCAACGAUGUUAAUAGCACGUAUUCAGCAAGGAGAGGAAGGACAGUUGAAGGCACCGGUGCGUUUUCAGAGGCACCGCAGCAUCGAUUGUGAUGCGGUUACGAUUUCAAUAUAUAGCAGCAACGAUGCUGCGGGGGAUGCAAAGCAGUGGCCGGAAUCUAUCAGGCGUGCUUUAGGGAUGGUGCCCAUGCUGGCGUUCUGAGAACGGGAGACACUACUUAUUUUUAUGGUCAUAAACAGGGUGGCGUCUUGCUGUAGCAGCAGCUGAAUGUGUCUUGGGUAAAGAGGAGCAGCUGGUAGCUGGUGUACUUUAAAUCAAGCGUUGCGGUGCGUUGAUAGAUUCCUGCUUCCCUUCAGCACGAGCCACCAUUUGAGAACCUGGGAGGUAUGAGUUUUGGGAUAAACAAGAAGCUUGAGAACUUGACCAAAUGAACAGUUACUCACGCAAGAAUGAUACGCUGGCUUUAGGGCUUCCCAACAGAGGAAAAUAUGCGUAGGGAGCCCAAAAAGAGCACGAGCAGACAGCUGUAGGCUACAGGCGUCGGUAGACAUGUGCGAAUAUUAACGUAGUCUGCCACCGCUUCUGUCUUCAACCCAGAGAAUAGCCUAGCCCUUCCCGUCGUCCUCCCUCAUGAGGACCUAAACCAGGGCCUCUAGAGGUGUCAUCAGCUUUUCGCCGCUCCGAAGCUGUCGUUUUGCCAUGGGUCAGCCUUUCAGCGCCGUCUAAACACACGCGCAACAAAAGCUCAUCGCAGCAAGCAAACACAUGAACAAUGGAGUGCUUCUGAACAAGGAGGGGUGUCAUGAUCUACAGAAGCCCGCCGCUACAAAACGAUAGUACAGAUCGAGUGCUUCUUCGCUUCGCCUCGUUGUUGCUGACGUUUCAUUCGUCUUCGUAUAACAGCAUUUGGAACUUGAUAAAUGCCCAAGUCAACGAUUGAUGGACAGUUCCAAGCGGAUGUAAAUGCCGGAUGCACCAAGGCCUCCAGAUGAAACAGGCAUCGCUCAGCAACGGCCUAGCACCCAGCUGGAUGGUACGUCCAGCAGGCUACAAGUACGUGAGAAAACACUUGCGGCACGUGACAUGAAUCGUGAGCCUAACACGCCAUCCGGUAUCCAGGAAGCCGUCAAUUACUAACUUUCGUUACUUUAUGCACCUCGUUCAGCGACAAAUUAUCAACUAUUACAGGGAUGCCUGCCACAUCACAAUGAGCACUCCAAACCAAAAUGAAUCACUUCCCGAUAUGAACUCGGAGCCGACCGCACACCGCAAGCUGCUGUACAUUGCCAGUGAUGUACGCCUAUCUUCUAACUCUGUGCUCAGGUUCACUAUCAUCUUUCCAUGCGUUCUUCCAGGCAAAUGAAAUGAGCCUCCAAGGGAAACAAUAGCUGCCACCUACCAUUGGUCUCGCGCCACGAGAUCAUGUAUCCGCUACUUUUCCCACCUCCGCGGCCAACUACAGAACCACCGGAAAAGCAUCCGACCACGCCUAACAU